UACCCAGGGCCGAGUUCGGCAGGAAGCACAGAAAGGAACUGGCCGCCAUGCUCCCAACAGUGGCCUGGGUCCACAGAAGCCUGCUCCGUUGUGCUAGGCUCUCUGUGCGCAUGAGCGGCAGUGGGAUAAGCCAACAGGCCCUCCUGGCCGACCAGGUGGCCGUGGUCACGGGGUCCACUGAUGGGAUCGGCUUCGCCAUCGCCCGGCGCCUGGCCCGGGACGGGGCCCGCGUGGUGGUCAGCAGCUGGAAGCAGCAGAACGUGGACCGCGCAGUGGCGGCGCUGCAGGGGGAGGGGCUGAGCGUGGUGGGCACCGUGUGCCACGUGGGGAAGGCCGAGGCCCGGCAGCGUCUGGUGGACUCGGUCCUGGAGCACUGUGGGGGUCUCGACAUCCUGGUGUGCAGUGCAGGCGUCAACUUCCCGCUGGUGGAAAGCACCCUGGGGGCCAGUGAGCAGGUGUGGGACAAGAUCCUGGACGUGAAUGUGAAGGCCCCGGCCCUGAUGUUGAGCCAGCUGCUGCCUCACAUGGAGAAGAGGGGGAAGGGGGCGGUCAUCCUGGUCUCCUCCGUUUCAGCGUAUAUGCCAGUUGCGCAACUGGGUCCCUACAAUGUCAGUAAGACGGCCCUGCUGGGCCUCACCAGGACACUGUCAUUGGAGCUGGCUCCCAAGGGCAUCCGAGUGAACUGCCUGGUUCCAGGAGUAAUCAAUACUGACUUCAGCAAAGUGUUAUACAAGGAUGAGGUUUUCUGGAACAACUUCAAGGAAAACUACCAGUUGCAGAGGGUCGGGCAUCCUGAGGACUGUGCAGGACUUGUGUCCUUCCUGUGCUCUCCAGAUGCCAGCUACAUCACCGGUGAGAACAUCUCCGUGGCCGGCUCUUCCUUUCAUCUCUGA